CCAAGCUGUGCCUAUACAGUCGCUUAUAAUCUACGCAACGGAGAAGUUAGGACACAAAUAUUGAAAAACUUUCAGCAAAAAAUGAUAAAUUAUAGUUGUUAAAGUCAAUCUGUUUAGAGUUCACAGGCAGUAAAUCAGAAAAGUAUCAGUACAGAGGUGUUAAUUCGAAAUCUCUUAUACUGUUUUACUGAAACCACGUGGAUCAGUGAUGGAGGAUUUACCUGCAGAUUUGAGGGAAUUUCUUCAAAAUGAGCCUUUUUUAGAGCUUACUGCAGAUAAAAAGAUCAAGUGCACGUUAAACGGUCAUGAGUUUCCCUGCAAGCUUGCAGAGCUGCAGAACUUCAUAACAGGAAAGAAAUACAAGAAACUGUUAACAGGAGCCGAAUUCAACUACAGUCAGUACGAACCACAUGUGGUCCAGAGCACAAAACAGCCUAAUCAACUGUUUUGCAAGCUUACGCUGAGACACCUCAAUCAUGUGCCACAUCAUGUACUGCGACACGUCAAUGGGAAACGCUUCAAGAAAGCUUUGGCACAGUAUGAGGAAUGCAUGAAACAAGGUGUAGCGUUUGUUCCAGCCAGACUUAGGCAGAAAAGGCAACCCAAACACACAGAUGAAGCAAUGGAGAGCAGCAGUAAAGGAGGGAACAAGCAGAAACAGGACAGUGGUAUCUGGGCUUCAAACGACAGUGAUGUAGAAGGCAGCGACUCAGAGGACAGCAUGUCCGAUCUCUAUCCACCCACUCUGUUUUCUCUGAAGUCGGACAGACAGGAUGAGGUGGAGAACGGUGAGGAUGAAGACGACUUUCAGACCGAUGAUGAUGAUAUGGAGGUUUCAGACACGGAGGAAGAAAAACAAGCAGCGCAGAAACGCAAAAAGGUGCAGUUUGGUGCUGGUUGUAACAAGAAGUUCAAGAAAAACAGAAAAAGGAAAGGGUUUAAACCCAUCAGCAAAGUUAAAAAUGGAAAAUAAAAAUAUUGCAUUCAUA